AUGGGUGUGUGGCUCACGGCGCGGCAUGGUGUGUGCUGUGCUGCUGGCAGCAUGGUCAGCACCAACUACCUCUAUGGACCCCUGCCAGACUGCUUCUUUGACAAGUGCAUCAGCCAAAUCCUGUAUGGGAGCAUCAACCGCGACUUUGAGAACAUGGUCGCAGAUGGCAACGCCCUCAUCAACUUGGCUCACAACUUCUACUUUGGAGAUGCCGUGCUCUAUGCUGCCGGCUGCAAGGUCUGCCCCACGGAGGUCAGCGAGCCCAACAACCUGGAGAUAUGGGACACCUCUCUUAUAUAUCAAGACUUUGGUGGCAGGUGCAGCAAUCCUGCGACCCAUCUGCUUGAUAAUAACCCCAUGGUGCAGUCGGGCAAGACGACAAGGGUGAUUCUGUCAGGCAACUGCCUGACCCUCAGCCCAAGGACAAAGUGCACGUCCAAGGGCACCGAGCACAGCGCAGCAGCCUGCCAGGCGUUCUGCAGCAUCACGGACAAUGGCCCGUGUGACGGCCAUGGGGCGUGUGUGCCGGCUACCCCCACUUCCCCCUCUAACUUCACGUGCAUCUGUGAUGCGGGGUACACCACUGUCGACUCGGGCAACGGCUCCUCCACAUGCGCAAUUGUCCACUCCACCACCAACACUGUGUCGUCUCUGUCCACGGGCGCCAUAGUGGGCAUUGUUGUGGGCUGCUUUGCUGGCUUCACGCUGCUGACUGCGGUGGUCGCAUGGCUGCUGUGGCCCCGCGGACCAAGUGAGCCCCUCAACCCAUUCCAUAUCCCCCCUUGCUGCACCUAUUUCCUGGCUUCCUUCCUUGCUCCCCACCUCUCCCAAUUUCCAUGCCUCUCCUCUGCCCUCAUGCUCGACUCUCCUCUGCCCUCAUGCUCUCCUCUCCUCUGCCCUCAUGCUCUCCUCUCCUCUACCCUCAUGCUCUCAUCUCCUCUGCCCUCAUGCUCUCCUCUCCUCUGCCCUCAUGCUCUCCUCUCCUCUGCCCUCAUGCUCUCCUCUCCUCUGCCCUCAUGCCCGGCUCUCCUCUGCCCACAUGCUCUCCUCUCCUCUGCCCUCAUGCUCUCCUCUCUUCUGCCCUCAUGCUCUCCUCUCCUCUGCCCUCAUGCCCGGCUCUCUUCUGCCCUCAUGAUCUCCUCUCCUCUGCCCUCAUGCCCGGCUCUCCUCUGCCCUCAUGCUCUCCUCUCCUCUGCCCUCAUGCCCGGCUCUACUCUGCCCUCAUGCUCUGUCCACGCAUCUACACCCUUAGUCCCUCACACCUCUGGUGCGAGCCAUGGCCUCUCUCCACCACACACACCUCGUGCGCCUGCUGGGCUUCUGCCUGGACCAGAACGUGGAGACGGGCAAGCCGGAGCAGAUCCUCGUUUGUCAUGCUGCCUUUCACUCCCUUUCCUUGUUUCCGUGCUGCCUGUCACUGCUUCUCCUUGUUGUCAUGCUGGCCUGCACUGCCUUUCCUUGCUGUCAUGCUGCCUUUCACUGCCUUUCCUUGUUUUCCUGCUGUCUUCCACCUCCCUUGCUUCUUGUCAUGCUGCUUUGCAUUGCCUCGCCAUUCAUCAUCCAUGCGUGCACAUUCCCCUCCAGGCAAUGAAGCUGGUGGAGGUGUAUGAGCUAGAGGAGUUGAAGGACAGCAAGAUGCCGGUGGCAAGUGAGGAGGCCAUAGUGGACUUUGCAGAUCCGGCUCUGGACUGCAUCAAGUCUCCCGGCACACGGCGACCCACCAUGAAGGAUGUGGCAUACCGCCUCAGUGCCCUCAUUGCCAAGCACUGUCCCAACAAGGAGGAUGAGUGGGAGAAUGUCGCGGAGGAAGACGGUGCAAGCAACGUGGAUACCGGUACAUCCUCAAGGGAUGUUUCUGCUGUGUCGUUGGGAGAUCGUGGGAGGGAGUCUGAGAGGUCUUAUGGCUCACAGUCAGGUGUGAGCUCAUUGUUGGGCCUCAGGAGUUGGGUGCAACUGAAGACAACCAAUGGGCGUUGA